CAACCAGACGGGCACUUAUUAUAUUUUCUUUUGUCACACAGGCCGGAUGUGCUAGCUGGGAUGAUUCGGAUCAAAAACUUCCAUCAACAGUUUCUCCCAAAUGCUCUGCGGGCCCUCUUGACCGAAAUACCGACACCCGAGCAGAACGCCACCAAAUUCAUGGCUCAGCUCAUCCAAGCCUUCUCGGAGCAUUUUGUUCGAUGUAAUCCUAGCAUCGGACUUCCCCCGGGUGAGUUGUUUGUCUCCCUCCCUUCUGGUCGUAUAAUUGUUGAGCUGUUGUCUUCUCUUCCAGAUGCGGUCUACAUCAUCUGCUUCUCCCUGAUUAUGCUCUCGCUGGACUUCUCCUGUCCCCAAAUCAAAAACAAAAUGUCCAAGCGGGAGUUCAUUCGCAAUACCCGACGCGCUGCACUGCAGCCGUCCUGCGACGAAUUUUUGGGCAGUCUGUACGACAAUGUCUACUUGGAGGGCGUCAUUGCGAAGCCCUCGAUUGUCGUGCCCAGCCGUUCCAGGCGCUCCAAGUCCUCACCCACGCACCGCUUUCCCAGUCCGCACCGACCCUUCUACGUGUUUCGAUGA